ACCUGUACAUGUUCUAUAUAUCAAAGCAGAUCCAGUGUGUCCGAGACGUUGGUCGUUCACGUUCAUUUUUCCUUCAUAACCACAAACAUGGCUUUACCCAGAGUUUUCUUUGACAUCACCAUUGGUGGAAAGCCAGCUGGCAGGAUUGUAAUGGAGCUCCGGUCCGAUGUGGUCCCGAAGACUGCAGAAAAUUUCCGUGCCUUGUGCACCGGAGAGAAAAGUUUUGGCUACAAGGGCUCCUCGUUUCACAGAGUCAUCCCACAAUUCAUGUGCCAGGGCGGGGACUUCACCAGGCACAAUGGAACUGGAGGCAAAUCCAUCUACGGGGAGAAGUUUGCUGAUGAGAACUUCCAGUUGAAGCACGAAGGCCCGGGCACACUGUCCAUGGCUAACGCUGGGCCCAACACCAACGGAUCCCAGUUCUUCCUGUGCACAGUUAAAACUGCAUGGCUGGAUGGGAAGCAUGUGGUGUUUGGCAAGGUUGUGGAGGGGAUGGAUGUUGUGGAGGCAAUGGAGGCGGAAGGCUCACAGAGCGGCAAAACUUCAGCAAAGGUUGUUAUUGCCGACUGUGGUCAAUUAUAAACUUGCAUCUAAACCUCUCAGCUCAGCUUGUUCUCCUGUCAGAGUAAACCUUUACCAUGCACAGGGGCAUUUCUUGAACUUGGACCCCCAGAAAAUGUAUCUGUCUUUAUCAUGGAAAAACUGAAAGUUGUACCUCAUAACACUUUUUUUUCCAAAAAUAAUCAAGAAUUAUGUAAAAAACAAACAAAACAAAAAAAUGUAUGAGCAGUUGUUAGUAGUAUUAAUAUUGAAUAGAAACAGGAUGUUGAAAUUCGGAAAUUGGUCACAUUUUUUAUUCACUAAUUGGAAUAUUAAACUUUCUUUCACCCAGUCACAAAUCUCUAUGCAAUGUUCAUGUCGU